GUUAUGUCAGACCUUAAAGAACUCGUUGCUAGUAUCCUUUCUCAAGAAGAGAAAUGUCAGUUUACUCAGUUUAACUCUAAAGAUGCACUUCAAUUGGGCCUUUUGCUUAUUGAAAAAGCCAAACCCUUCAAAAAGCCAGUUGUGAUUGACAUCACUUUGGCUGGUCAUCCAUUAUUCCACUAUGCUAUGGAUGGUACUUGUUCAGAUAACGAUGAAUGGGUUCGCCGUAAAAACAAUACUGUCAACCGUUUCGGCCAUUCUAGUUACUAUGUGGGUCGCUAUAUUGCCAGUCAAGGAAAGACACUUGAAGAGAAGUACUUUGUAAGUGAAAAAGAUUAUGCUACGCAUGGUGGUGCCUUCCCCUUGAAGAUUAAGAAUGUGGGUGUUGUUGGUACUGUCACUGUCUCUGGUCUCGCUCAACAAGAUGAUCAUAACUUGGUAGCUGAUACUAUUCAAGAAUACAUUGGUAAUCAAAAAUAAUAAAUUCUACUUUUUGAACAAUGACUAAUAAAAAGGAUU